AGCCGCUAGUUGCGUUCGUUCCGUUCAUUUUUUUUCUGUGUAAAUUUGUUUUGCUAAUAAAUCAUUAACGGUUGCACGGCGGCGGAGUGACUUCGACUAACCAAUACCGAUAUCCAAGAAAUGUGACGGCACGACGAAACAGUGUCAGCAAUCGCGAAGCCGAGGCGACAAUAUAAAAUAAAAAGCAAAGAAAAAACCAUUUUGCCAAAAGAAAGAAAAAAGUGAGAGGAAGCGGCUGCGACGCUCACGCGUUGCGCCUACGUUCCAAAAUAAAAGUGAAAACGUGCGAAAUAGCAAAAUAACAAAGCAAAGCAAACAAGAACAAACAGAGAGGCGCUUAAGUUAAAGUUAAACUUUUUUUUUGAACAAAAAGCUACGAAAACAGUCGAAGAAAAGUAGAACAAAAUGUGCGACGCUGCUGCGGCAGCGACAGCCCAGGGAUUGGGUGCGGGAGUGUCUGAGACAUCAGCGACAGCGACAGAUGAACUAACGCGACAAAAUAGUUGUCGCCUGUGCUUAGCGCCAGCCAGUGAAUGCAUUUCGAUUAUUAACAGUUAUGCAGCCGAUAAGGAGCCGCUGGCCACUAAAAUACAAAACUGCGUGAAUAUCAAGAUAUCAUCGUUGGACCGUUUCUCUUUGAACAUUUGUCAUGCCUGCAUUAGCUAUUUGAACUCGUGGCAGAGCUUCAAGAAUCGCUGUCUGAGCUCACAGGCAAAGCAACGACAGUGGCAGGAUAUUGACAAGACCAAACAGCAGACGCUCUUGGGCUAUUUGGACUUGAAUAGAGCGGAAAAUGGCAACGCACUGGAGCAGCACCAACAUCAGCAGCAGCAGCAUCAACAACAGUCUGAAGCAGCAUUGGCUGCAGCCGAGAAGGCAUCCGCCAACAUUUUGGAUGGCAUACCAUCGCUGAAGAAGCGUAAAUCCUUAACAGUCUAUCCGCUGCCCGCUGUACCCAUCAAGGAUGAGCCACUGGAUGAUACGGAUGAUGACUAUCACAUGAAAAGCAUUGAUGAGUCCGAUGACAUGAUGGACCCCACUAUGUUCCUAGAACGCUCCGAGCAUGAGGGCGAUGUGCCGCUAAUGACCUCCGACUAUGACUAUAGCGCGCAGCACGGCGUAACGGCGGCGGUGGCCGCAGCCGCAGUUGCACAACUGCCCGCCACUGCGGUGGCCAAUGUGGCUGCCGCUGGUGACUCUAAGGUGGCCAGCUGCCGCGCCUGCAGUCUGCAGUUCUCAACGCGCGCCAAUGCGCGACGCCACGAGCGCAACUUGCAUCCAAAUCUGUUUCAACUGUCCACAGAUUCGCCCAACAAUACGCCGAUAACAAAGCCAACGCCAGCAUUGGCCGCAGCGCUGGAAAUUCAACGCGCGGCGGCGGCAGCAGCGGCCACAGCCGAGGCGACCAAAGCAGCAGCUGGCGGCAAUAUCUCUGCGCAGAAGUAUCGCCAGGUGGUGAUGAAUACGUUCAUCAAGUGCGAGAACGGCGGCUAUGACUACGAGAAUCCGGAGCAGUAUCAGCAGCUGUUGACGCGCGAAAAAGUGGACUUCAUAGAUGAGAACAGUGAGUUCCUCGAGCAGUACCAAACGAUGACCUGUCGCUGUUGCAACAAAUACUUCAGCACCUAUAAGAAUUUCAUGGCCCAUGUGCGCAAGAAGUAUCCAACAUUGCCACGCAAUCUGUGCUUCAACUGCCUCAAGAUGAACGACUCCAAGGCGCUGUUCAUAUCGCAUUUGAAGAAGCGCAACUGCAUCAAUCUUUAUCGCAUGCUCAAUGGGCUGCGUGCCAAGCAGCCCAACUUUACGCCCAGCGGCGACAACAACAGCAGCGGCAGCAACUUGGAGGCAACAGCAGCACAGCUGGCGGCGCCUGCCACGCCCAACGAUUCCAUCAGCUCCGAGCGUCCCGAGAAGUUGCGCGCCAAGGAGCUGCUGGUGAACAAGCUCUACGAAUGCAAGCUCUGCCCCAAAGGCUUUCGCACCAAGCACGAGUUCCGCACCCACGUCUAUGACAAGCAUGCGGAUGUGCAGCGCAAGGAUAACAAUUCCAUACAGUGCAGCUUCUGUGGCCUCGACUUUGCCGAUCCGGUGGACAGACGUCGUCACUACAACAACAUGGACUGCAUUGUGCGUCUGCGUUGCAUGACCUGCGAUGCCAAGCUGGAGACGCACCAACGCUUCCUCGAGCAUGUCUAUCAGGAUCACUUGGGUGGCGUCAGCAGCGACAGCGCAGCCACCAAUGAGCACUCGCCCGGCAAGCGCAGUCUGCUGGGUGCGCUCGGCAUUGGCGUCAGCCAGUCCAGCUCCAACGACAAUGAGUCACGCAGCAGCGGCAGCCAGAACAACAACAACAGCACCACAACACCGCUGACCUCCACGCCCAAGCCGAGCGGCAAUGCAGCCACCAGCACUCCCGCUGCUGCUGCAACUGGCGCCAGCGCAGCAAGCAGCAGUCGUGAGGCACCCAAGUCACAAUACUUUUCACGCAUGCCCCAAGUGUGCCCCAUCUGUGGCCAGCAGUACAACAACUACAACAAUGUGCUGCGUCACAUGGAGUCAAAGCAUCCCAACAAGCUGCCCGAGACCUACAAGUGCGUGCGUUGCGGCCUCGGCUAUCCACGGAUCUCCUAUCUGCGCGAGCAUAUGAUCAACGUACAUGGCGUGGACAAGAAUCGUCACUCUGGCGGCUUUGAGUACAUCGUUAAUGCGGAUGCAGUCAAGUUGGCCGAUGGCAGCACGCCCAAUGUCUAUACGGGUCGUUAUGAUUAUGUGAUGAAGGAUUUGAUGUCCAUAACAAAUGGUGGGACAAUCGAUGAUGAGGAUGAGGACACUGGCAACAUUGCCAAGAAAAUGCGUCUGGACGAGAGCAGCAACAACAGCAGCAUCAACACCAGCAUUGCCAACCAGCAGAAGGAGUGUCCCAUCUGCAAUGCCGUGUUCAGCAACAAUAUUGGGCUAUCCAAUCAUAUGCGCUCCCAUUACACCGCAUCGACUGCCACAAAUGCCGCACUGGCUGCAGCUAAUCGCAUGACACCCAAAUCGCUGACCAUAACAGCAACGCCAGCAGUGGAGGCAACAGCAACAAGCACAUCAGCAGCAGCAGCAGCAGCAGCCGCAUCAGUGACAAUCAUUGCAGCAGCAGCAACUAGAGCUGGAGCUGAUGGUGCAGUGCCGCCUGCAAUGGCCAAUCAAACGGCACAGGAGCAAGCUGUGUUCCGGCGUAGCUUGGAUCAAGCUGCUGAUCGACGCUUUAGGCGCAUGCGCUGUCGCAUCUGCCAGCGCAGAUUCAGCUCCAAGAAGUCCUACCGCUAUCACAUGCUCACCGAUCAUCAGGUGCAGAAUGUGCAGUUCAUCAAGUGCAAGCUCUGCAAUGCGGAGUUUGCCUAUGAGAAGGGUCUGAAGGUGCAUCUGUUCAAGGUGCACGGACGCGCGAUUAAGGAUGAAAUGAUUGUCAAGCAAUUCGAGUGUGAUGUCUGCUCGAUUGUCUAUAGCUCGGAGCUGGAGCUGCAGCAGCAUAAGCGCAGCGUGCACAAGUCCCAAGUGGUCCUGGACACUGGCGCCAAAUCGAGCAAGAGCUCCUCUGCUAACGCUACUUCAAAUGCUGACCUGGCCAACAGCGAUGCUGCCGCCGCCGCCGCCGCUUCGGCAUCGCUGCCUUUGUACUGGUAUCAAUGCAAGUACUGCCCAUCCAACUUUAAUACCAACAAGAAGUUGGCCAUACACAUUAAUUCCCAUGAUGAGUUCGAUUCGAAUGAUUAUUCCUGCAAGGACUGCGGCAAUGUCUACAGCGGACGCAAGAGCCUCUGGGUACAUCGCUAUAAGAAGCAUCCGCAGGUACCGGAUCCGGCUGAGUGCACGCUGUGCCGCAAAAUGUUUUUCGAUCGCCAAAUGCUGGAGAAUCAUACGCCCACCUGCAAUCGCAAGCCGAUUACGGCAACGGGCGCACAUCAGCAACAGGAACAGGGACAACAACUGCUGUCGGCGUCGCAGCAGCAGCAGCGCGCGGUGUUCAAGCACAAGACGGGCGAUGAUGAUGACGAUGAGGAGGACGAUGAUCAGCUGCUGAUGCUUGACGGUGCGGGAAGCGAUAGCAAUGGCGGCGCCAACACCAACACGCACACCACAACCACAACCACCAGCAACACCAUAAGCACAAAUAAGAUUAAGAUACGCAUGCCGGAGGUGGCAUGCACCAUUUGUGGUGCACGCUUUACCGAUCAGGAGAUGUUCGAGAAGCAUAUUGAGAAGCAUGAGCAGGAGCUGUAUGUGGAUAAUCCGCUGGCAGCGAUGUUUGACGAUGGUCCCGCAGAUGCGGGACAAUUUCAGGUGGAGCGACAGAAUGAGAAUGGGGAAUAUGCGUGCGAUUUGUGCGCAAAGACGUUCCCCCAGGUGAUUGCACUGAAGGUGCAUCGCAAGUGGCAUUUCAGAGGUGAUAGCAAGCAGAAUCUCACCAACGACAGCGAAGCGACGCAGCUGAACAGUCUCAGCAACAACAACAACAACAACAACAACAAUUCACUGAGCAAUUCAUCCAUGUUGCAGCUGCGGGAACUGCAUGCAGUGGGUCUCAUGCCCAAUCAGCAACAGCAACAGAAGCAACAGCAGCAGCAACUGCAACAGAACAGCAACAACAACAGCUCGAGCAGCAGCUCAGCGGCCAACAAAUCGCUGAAGCGCAAACGUGAGCUUAAGUGUGAAUACUGCGCCUCCACCUUUAUAAGCAACAACAAUCUGCGUCGCCACAUGUACGAGCUGCACAAGCAUGAGGUCAGCAAUCUGCCAGAGCCGCCAGUUAUCGAAGUGGACGAGGCCUUAUGUUGUCGUCGUUGCGGUGAUUUACGCUUCGAGUCCAAAGAGCUCUGGAUCGAGCAUAAGCUAGCGGACGCCAAGGUCGUUCGUCCAUUCUGUCCAUUCCAGUGGGGCUGUGAUUUAUGCGGCGAGUACUUGUCGCGCAAAGAGAAGCUUAUCAAUCACAUAAACAAUCAUCUCAAGGAGGAUGUCAUUGUGCCAGUGGCAACCAAACCAAUGGCCACGGCCAAGAGUGCGAGCACAGCCAAAGCAACGCCACCAGCAACAGCAAUACAAGCUGAGGCAGCAGCAACAACAAUAGCAGCAGUAGCUACAAAAACAGCAACAACAACAACGGCAACACCAACGGUCAUAACUAAAGCUAUAAAGCAAGAAGAGCAAACUGAUGAGGAUGAGCAGGCAGCGGCAGUGACAGCAACAGCAACAGCAACAUCAACAGCUGCUGCUGGCAGUAAAGAGAAGCUUGAGAAGCAAGCGGCAGCGCUCAAGUUGGGUGAGAGCGACUUGGAUGAGGAGGACAGCGAUUUAGAUAGCGAGUUGGAUGCGGAGGAUAGCGAUUUGGAUGAAGAUGAUAGUGAGUUGGAUGAGGAGAUCGAGGACAACAGCGAUGAUGAUGAAGACAGCUCCGAUUUGGACGACCUCAUUGAGGAGGUGGAGGUGGAAGAGGUCGACGAUGACGGCAUUGUGGACGAUGAUGAUAAUUUUGAAUAUAACGCCAAGCAGCUGAAUGGCAAUGACAACAAACAGCAGCAGCAGCAGCAGCAAGCAAAACAAAAGCAACAUCAGCAGCAGCAGCAGCAGGCGAAACAAAAUGAAUUGCUGGUGCUGCAUAGCUCGGAGGAGGACGUAGAUGACGUAGAUGAUGAUGAGGCUGAGGCCAUUGAGAGCGACAGUGACGAUGAUCUUGAGUUUGUCGAUGAUGCUGAAGGUGACGCCGAAGAUGAUGGCGUGGGUGAGUCCAUGACAAUUGAUGAUAUAAUCGAAGAGGAUGAGGAAAUGCCGAGCUCAACAUCAGCAGCAGGGUCGGGGGGUGGUGGUCGUCUGGCCAGCGCCAGGGGCGGCAGGGCCAGAGUCAGAAUGAGCGCUAGCAGCAAUGGUGAUGCUGAUGGUGAUGGUGAUGGCGAUGAUGAUGAUGAUUCAUCCUCGUCGGAGAGUGAAUCAACAACAACGACGCAUUCAACUGGAGCUUCUGCAGACUCACAUUAAAAGCCAUUUUCUGAAUAAUGGGCCCAAGGCAGCGAGCAGCAGCAGCAGCAGCGGCGCUAGCAACAACAACAACAACAAUAGCAGUAGCAAC